AUGAAUACUCAUUUUGGUCAAAAUCGAAAGGACAUUAAAAUCACGAUUGAUCCAAGUUAUAAUGGGGUAGCAUAUGCUGGUGGUGGACAAAUUGUUAUUAGCGCUGCAUGGUUAAGAAAUAAUCCCGAAGAUUAUGAUGUUGUCACACACGAAGGUAUGCACAUUGUGCAAAGUUAUAAUCGUGGUGAUCCAGGAUGGUUAAUCGAAGGUAUUGCUGAUUACUGUCGAUGGAAAUGGGGUGUUAAUAAUGGCAGAGCUGGUUGGUCAUUACCCGAUUUUCAACGUGGCCAACAUUACACAAAUGCGUACCGUGUUACAGCUAGAUUUUUGGUUUGGUUAGAACGUAAGAAAAAUGGAAAUAUUGUAAAACAAUUAGAUACAGCAUUGAGAUCCAACACAUACAGUGGAAAUUCAUGGAAUUCAUUUGCCGGACAAGGAGUUGAUCAACUUUGGACAGAAUAUUCAAAUAAUCCUGCUUGCUUUUGUGAAGAAGAAUUACAAGAGUUAUUGAUGUCGAUGUUCUCCAAUUCAACAGCACAUGAUGAGUUGAACGACGAAGAAUCAAUCUAUAUCAAAACAGUUUUCAAAAAUGCUAAUGUAUAUGUGACAGAAGAAAUGAAAAAAGCGUUUAAAUCCGAUGAUCAUAUCGAUAUUCAAUAUUUUCAAACAGCGAACGCUAUCCGAAUGAGAUUGUCAGUGUUCAAAGAAGAUUUUGAACGAAACAUCGAUAACUCAACAGGCCUUGUCCAACUCCAGAAUGAUAAAACAGCAGUCGGCAUAAUUCAACGUAUUUUGCUCGUCUCCAGCGAAAUAGUAUAUUUCGAAAUGAAUUAG